AUUACGUUUCCCUCUAUUUAUAAGAUACCCUUGUCCAAACCCGUAUACAUUGCUUAUUAGAGAAAGUUGCUCUAUUCAUUCGGCGUUCCUAUUUGUCGAUAUUAAGAUAACUUUAUACCCUCUAUCCCCUACUAGCAACAAGUUUAUUUUUUAAAAAUAUGAGACAUAUUACGUUAAUCGCUACUGCGCUUACUUUGCUGCGUUUAUGUUCUGGUAUGGCUGUUAACAAGCCUUCCAAUCAUUCUAUUUGGCUUUCUGGUAAUUCAGAGGCUUUGCAAUGGUCUGUCGUUGAUACAGACCCAUUGCAAGCGCAUGUUUACGUUGUAAACGAAAAAGUUUACCCUGCUACUAGUAAAUAUGCAAUGACUGUUGACACGUUCAACGAGAGUGCCACUCUUCCUCCUCUUGAGCUUACGCCUGGCUCAGGAUAUCAAGUAAACCUUGUGUCUAUUCUUAACAGUACCGUUAUUUAUGCCCAAUCUCCCCAUUUUACUGUAAUGAGUAAGGAAGAAUCAACGGGUUCUCUCGAUGAUAAUACCUUGCGUGCUCCUUUACUUCAGAAAUUAGGUAGUAAUACCUCAAGCACUGGCAACUGGACCAUGAUUCCUAACCCUGGUCAGUCAUCCACUGUUUCCAAAUCCACUAGUAUGUUCACUAGUGUCACCAGUAUUGGUGCUAGCGGUGCUUCUACUAGCAGUUCCAUGAGUGACGGUCCUUAUUUUACCAAUACUAGCUCUCUAACUGUUCAUCCUACAAGCUCAUUCGUGGCUUCUACUACCUCUUUUAAACAUACUGUUACGUCCGUCCCUUAUAACUCAAAUUCCACUUCGCUCGCAUCAGUUACAUCCGUUCCUAGUUAUACCAAUACCUCUAGUUCGGUGCCUUCUAAAAACACCACUGUUUCUUCCCCAAGUGUCUCCUCACCCGUGGUUGCUUCUUAUUCCAAUGUUACAUCUACUCCUAGCUUUACCAGCUCUCUGCCCGCUUUCACGAACACCGCUGUUGCUAUCAAUUCUUCCGCAAAUGUCUCCUCAUCCAUGACUACUUCUUAUUCCAAUGUUACAUCUACUCCUAUCUAUACCAAUUCUUUCUCUUCUAUCCCCACAUCUUCCGCUAACAAGACCUCUCUUCCUCACUUUACUAAUUCUUCUGUCACUUCCGCUCCUUCCUCUGUGAGUUCUACCGCUGUCCCUCGCUUCACAAACUCCUCCAUCGUGACGAAUUCUUCCUUGACUUCUACUCCCUUGACUUCUGAUAGCUCGGUUUCUGUUUCCACUGUUACUAGUCAAAACAACGGUACUGGUUGUUCUGCCUUUACUACCGUAACCGUAACUACCCCUAGUUACAUCCCUAUCUCUUCUACUCCUACAGUGGCUUUACCUUCUGCUGCUCCUAGACCUUCUGAUGCCACUUAUGCCGAUCCUUCUGACACUACCUCCUCUGCAGGCCAAGAUGCCGGUAGUGCUUCCUCUACUCAAUCUUUGCAUACCUCGGUGGUAUCAUCUUCUAAAUCGAUAUCCUCAUCUGGAAACAGUAAUUCAAGGAGCGUUCCUAGUGGUGCCUCUGGUACAGUAAGCAUUAGCUAUGCUUCCCUUCUUCUCAUCUUAAUGUCGAUGAUUGUCCUUUUGUAAGAUUAAUUUCAUAAGGAAUGAGUUGAAGCUUUGGCUGAAUUUAUUUCUUGUAUGCUGGCCAUACAAGAUUUGCUUCAAAAUAUUGAGAGUCAUAUUUUAUUAUCAUUUCAAUUGAUACCCAAGGAUACCCAUUUAUCAUGAUUACAUGAUUAUUUUCAGCAUUUUUUUGAAAAAUGCAAGCAGGACUUUUGUUUGUAUACUUUCUUUUCAUGAUAAUUGAAAUCUUUUAUCUAGCAUUGGGCAUACAUGGUGACGGGCAUACAUCUUUCAUGGUUGGAUUUAUUACCAUUUUAUAUAUUUUUUCUUACAAAGUGCUAGUUGCAUUACUGGAGAAGUCUGAUGAAUUUAUUGGAUACUUCAUGUUUUAUUUUUAUUGCCAUUUCGUCAAGUGGUGUGUUUACUUUUAAUCUCUAUAAUUUUCUAGUGUACAUAGUUUAUUGGUUACAUCUUUCGUUAUUCAUAGUUUACUUUCUUUCUAGAUUCAAGUGCAUAGAAAAUAAAAGUCAUACUAAAGCCCAAA